CAUAUUUAUAGCGCACUGGAGAAUACGUUACGCACAUGUAAAAAAAUGAAGUCCUUGUUUUUGUUCUUUUCCAUCAUUUGGUGUGCAGCUGCGGACCUUAAACCCCGGAAAGGCUCCGGGGUGGUUUGUACUUUCAAAGACAAGACAUACAGCCCAGGAGACAGCUGGCAUCCCUAUUUAGAGCCUUUUGGAUUCAUGUUCUGCAUGCGCUGUGUCUGCACAGAGACAGGCCAUGUGAAAUGUAACACAAUCAAGUGUCCUUCCCUGCCAUGUGAAAACCCAGUAGCUGAACCUCAGCGGUGUUGUCCAAGAUGCACAGAUGAACCUAGGGUCCCUGCAGGACUGAGAGCCUCAGUGAAAUCCUGCAGGUAUAAUGGAAGUAUUUUUCAGUCAGGGGAGACCUUCACUAAGCACGACCUCUUCCCAUCAAAGCAAAGCAAUCAGUGUGUUAUGUGCACAUGCUCUAAUGGAAACAUUUUCUGUGCUCUAAAAACAUGCCAACCUAUCAUCUGUUCCUCACCAGUUUCCCUCCCAGAUACCUGCUGUUUGGUGUGUAAAGAUCAUAGCGCUAGUGGGUCUUCGUCAAACGAGGAUGGAAAUCUGCAGCUGAACAGAGGCGUUAGGCAUUCGGUUGACCAGUGUUCUGGAGAGCAGAGCAGGGCGAGGUCAGACCGUGCCACAACACCCAGGGUCAAACUUUCUCCCAGGGGCCUUAGCCUCAGCAAACUUAACCUCAAAGGGGCUUCGGAGACCACUGUGAAGAUUUUGUUGCAGAGGAUAUACCAAAGAGUCUGUUUAUACAAUGGUAAGACAUACUCUCAUGGAGACAUGUGGCAUCCAGUUUUGGGGAAGGUCCUGGAAUGCAUCUUGUGCACUUGUACUGAUGGCCUCCAGGACUGCAAACGCAUCACAUGUCCAAGCCAGUAUCCAUGCCAGCAUCCUAUUAAAUCAGCAGGAAAAUGCUGCAAGAGUUGUCCAGAGAGUAAAGCUGAAAAUAACCAGACCCAGUGCUAUCUUGGUUAUAAAAAUAACCUCUUGGUGUAUAAAGUGGAAUCCUCUUUGAAAGUUGAUUCACCUAAAUCAGUUAGGGCCAUUGCAGUUGAAAGACAAAGUACCGCCGAGGUUGAAGUGCAAGUAUGGAACAUCAUAGACGGCGUUUUACAAAUAAUGGAGAUUGGGGAUGUUCAAAGAAAAGACAUUAUGGACCAUCCAGAAAAUUACACACUGCUCACGACACUUGAUGAAGAUACAUGGAGAAAAUUUAAAGAGGAAGGAGAAAAUCUUAGUAAAGCUCCUCAGACCACAGUUUGUGAAGACGGCAUUCGGGAGAUAGUGACUUUCCUAAAUCCCAAGCACACAGAGGGCCUAUGUUCCCCCUAAUCAUGACUCGUAAUAUCAGUAUUUUCAUUAACUAUAUGGCUUACAUACAUAAUCAGUUGAUACAUGUUGCACUUGGAUUUUAUUUGUACGAGAGGGAAACUCUUAUUCAUGAUGUUCUUUCUUAUCACUUAUUUGAGACAGUAAUAUCCAACAGGUUUUAAUCAUAUCUUAUUUCUGAAUGAUUAGGGUACACAAUAUGGGGCACAGUCAUGUUGUUGGUUAACUUUACUUGUAAUAAUUUAAAUGUUAUUUGAUUUGAUGGAUUAUGUUGGAAGUUCUUAAAUAAAUGAAGGAGUAUAUGUUGCAAUGUUGAAAAAGAAAACAGAAUCCAAUGAUUUGCAAAUCUCAUAAACCCAUAUUUUAUUUGUUGUAGAAAACAUAAUGCACAAAAUAUAAAUUGAUAAAAGUGAGACAUUUUACUAUUUCGUGGAAAAUAUGAACUUGUCUAAAAUUUGAUGGGUGUAACAAUUCUCAAAAAAGUUGGGAGAGGGCCAUGUUCGUCAGUGUAGGAUCUCCUCGUCUUUUAACAACAGUCUGGAAGCAUCUGUGUACUGAAAAGAGGAGUGUUGCACCUCAAGUCCUGGGUCAUGCUUAUCUUAUUGAGCGUUUCAUGAUGUGCCAAAUGUUUUCAGUUAAUGAAAUUGCUGCAGGCAUGCUUAUCCAGCUCCUGGAUUCUUGUAUUAUGAAGAAAUGUAAUAGAUGGCAGUAAGUGGUUUUGCAUUGUCUUGCUGAAAUACAUAAGGUCUUCUCUAGAAAAAAGUUUCUAUGUCGUAAACCUGUUUUCAGUAUUGAUGGUACCAGAUGUGCAAGUUGUCAGUUCCUUUGGCACUAAUGGACCCCCAUACCAUCAGAGAUGGAGAUUUUGAGUGCUGAAAACAAGCCGUAUGGUCUUUUUUCUGUUUAGUCUGGGGUGGCGCCUAUGAUUUCCAAACAAAAUUUCUAAAUUUCAAUUGAGCUGACCGUACAACAGUUUUCCACUUUGCCUCGGUCCAACAAGAUUUGACAUUUAAAUGAGAUUUGACCCACAGAACAUGACAGUGUUUCUGGAUCAUGUUCACAUAUGGCUUCUCCUUUGCUUGUUUGAGCUUGAACCUGCAUGCAAGAACGGCAUGGUGGACAGUUAUUUCUGGAAGUGUUUCCAAUUCUAUGCAGUGAUGACCAAACCACACACACAGAUUUUUAGAUAAUUUUUUUCUCCAAAUUUCUGACCAACAAAUCUGAGACUCUACCUCUUGAAGGUGCUCUUUUUCUACCCAAUCAUGUCCGUGACCUAUUAACCUUAUUAUUUACAUGUUCUUCCAGCUGCUUCUUUUCCUUUUUACUUUUCCAGCCCUUGGUGCCUCCACCCCAACUUUUUUAGAAAUGUUGCUGCCAUCAAAUUCAACAAAAUACAACAUUUUUUUUAGGAAUAUUUGAUAGAUUUUGUAUGUUCUGUUGUGAAAUAAUAUUUAUUUCUAAGAUUUAAAAAUCAUUCUGUUCUUUUUUAUUUACAUUUUACACACAGCAUCCCAAGUCUUUUAGAACUGGGGUUAUACACUGCCUGGCCAAAAAAAAAAAAAAAAAAAACAACUUGCCACCUGGUUUCCACUUAGCAAAUAGGUACGAGCCUAUAAUAAUUGGAUAAUUACUACAUGGAGCAUAAAGAUUGGUCUGAUGAGUCCAGAGUUAUGCAGGAUCAGGGCAAGAAGAGAGGCAGAUGAAAUGAUGCACCAAUCAUCAUGCCUAGUGGCCACUGUACAAGCCUGCGGGGGCAGUCUAUGAUCUGGGGUUGCUGCAGUUGGUCAGGUCUAGGUUCAGCAACAUUAUGUGUCCAGAGAAUGAGGUCACCUGAAUAUACUGAACGACCAGGUUAUUCUAUCAAUGGAUUUUGUCUUUCCUGAUGGCACGGGCAUAUUCCAAGAUGACAAUGCCAUGGAUUCAUUGGGCUCAAAUUAUGAAAGAGUGGUUCAGCGAGCAUGAAACAUCAUUUUCACACAUGGAUUGCCACAGAAUCCAGACCUUAACCCCGUUCAGAAUCUUUGGGAUGUGUUGGAGAAGAUUUUGCGCAGUGGUCGGACUCUUCCAUCGUCAAUACAAGAUGUUGGUGAAAAACUGGACAACACUGGAUGGAAAUAAAUUUUGAGACAUUGCAGGAGCUUAUUGAAACAAUGUCACAGCGUUGCUGUAGUCAACGCUAAAGGUGGUUUAAUGAUUGUGACUUUUUUUUUGGUAAAGACUUUUUUUUUUGGCCAGGCCGUGUAUUUGAGUAGUGGGGACUGUGUAGACUAUAAUAUCUUUGUGUAUGUUAUUUCAGUAAUAGACAACACUAAGUGUAUCAGUACCCCUUUGGACAAGUAUAUGAAAGUUAAAUGUAUUUUUUAAUUUGCUGGGGCCACAUAAUGUUCAGAAUGUAAACUUUUUUUUUUAUUGGAUGUUAUGGGCGUGAAGAUAAUUAUUGUAAAUAGAAGCUUGCUGGCUCUUGUAUGAUUUAUGUGUUAAUACAUUUGAUUAUUUUUCUUUUUUUUUAUUAAGUAGCAAGUAGCAGCAAGGGAAUAUACAUAGCAUUUUCACAACUGUGUAGUGGAUUGCUAGAACAGCCUUUCUAAAUCCUUCUUUAUUAUGUCAAAUAUAGACCUACUGUUGCUAUUUUUGCAGCUGAAAUAAAUUUGGUUUAUGUUCAUAGCCUGAUAUUAUACAGCUUCACAUACUUUGAGUGAUUGUAUUUUACAGUGGACUCGGUUGAUCUGACUUAAUGAACUAUGUACUUCUGCUCACCGCUAUGAAAAACUAUAAAAUGCUCCCUGGUGUUUCACACCAUUAAAAUGCUGUGUUUGGUG